GUGAUUUGCCGCUCUGCAGCGGCUUUGAAUGAUUUGGAGGGUGGCGGCUGGGAGGUGCGGGCUCCAUGGACCCUGUUGGUCACACGCAGCCGGGGCUGCGGCGGCGCUGAAAGCUGCCGGCUCCCGACACCGCAGCCUCGGAAGAAGACCCGCUCAGCACCCCCUGGGCUCCAGCGGCCCUGCUCCGGACCACGAUCUGCUCCAGCAGCCAUCGCCUCCCCUCGGCCCUGCCAGAUGCCCGCUCCUGCUGAGCCCGCUCAACUUUUGUAGCUGGCAAUUGGCAGCCCUUGAUCCCCGAGAUGACCCUGAGAGCUUGGCUGCUGUGCAUAUCCUGGACCCUGGUUGCAUCGCUGCAACUUCAGCAGGGCAUGCCAAAUGUAUGUCUGGAACAAGAGCUGGCAAUAGUGGGACAGCGACAGCCGUGUGUUCAGGCUUUUACCCAUCUUGUCAAGAUGUGGAAACAAGGCUGCACCGGACAUAGGUGGUGUAUAGCCUAUGAGAGAAGGACGGGGUAUUACACAGUCUACAAACAAGUGUACAUCAUAGAGCAUCAAACUGUCUACAAAUGUUGUCCAGGAUGGACCCAAGAAGAUGAUGAACCUGGCUGCCUACACUUGUUGUGCUCUGUAGGCACUUGCUUCAAUGGCGGGAAAUGCUCUGAAGGAGGAUCCCUGAUGUGCCAAUGUCCAGCAGGAUUUCAGGGUCCGCGCUGCCAGUAUGAUGUAAAUGAAUGUACCAUCGAGAAUGGCAGCUGUCAGGACCAGUGCUGCAAUACUAUUGGCAGCUACUACUGCAGGUGUCCAGCUGGCCAGAAACUGGGCGAAGAUGGAAAAUCAUGUGAAGAUAUCGAUGAAUGUGCAGUAGUGAAUGGAGGGUGCCAGCAGAGCUGCGUUAACACUCUGGACUCCUUCUAUUGCAUAUGCGAUAUGGGAUACAGACUCCAUGCUGAUGAACGCACCUGCAUAGUAAUGGACCCCUGUACAAAUGUGAAUGGAGGAUGCUCACACAUCUGUCAAAAUGAGAGAGGAUUUGUAAAGUGUGAGUGCCAUCCUGGAUACUAUCUUUCUGCAGACAGAAAGUCCUGUGGAGACAUUGAUGAGUGUGCAGAAGAGACAGCCAGGUGUGCUCAUCGUUGUGUGAACACCCUAGGGUCCUUCACCUGUGUUUGUAAUCCUGGCUUUGAGAUGGGGGCUGAUGGAAAACAGUGCUACCGCAUCGAAAUGGAAAUUGUCAAUAGCUGUGAAAGCAACAGUGGCGGUUGUUCUCAUCACUGCGUGCACUCGAUUGGUGGGCCUCACUGUUCUUGCAACCAGGGAUAUCUCCUUGAUUUGGAUGGGAAAACGUGCACAGACCUGGAUGAAUGUGAGUCCAGUGAGGCCUGUUGUUCCCAGUUCUGCAUGAACUACAUUGGAGGCUAUGAGUGCAGCUGCAAGGCAGGGUUCCGGCUUAACGCGGAUGGCUGCGUAUGUGAUGAUGUGGAUGAGUGUCUUGGUGACAAUGCCAGCUGUGACCAAAUCUGUGUUAAUUCUCUGGGAUCAUAUGAGUGCAUGUGUAGAGAAGGCUACAGACUUAAUCUCAACAGACAUUCCUGCAUCUAUGAUGAUGAGCUAGAGGAGGAGGAAGAAGAGAAACCAGAGAUCGCUAGGAUUCCAGGCCUUCAGUUCAGAAGACCUCCUCAGCUGCUUCAUUAUGCUGCUGCACUUGGCACCUUCUAUGAGAAUGAGGACAAAGAUGUACGAGGAGAACUCACUCUCAUGCGUAAAGUUGCUUGCUCCCCUGGGACUUAUGGGAAAAAUUGUAAUAGCAUUUGUAAGUGUCAGAAUGGAGGCUCAUGCGACCAUGUAACAGGACAAUGUCACUGCCCACCAGGAAUUAAUGGACAGAUUUGUGAGGAUGGCUGUCCAAAAGGAUUCUUUGGGAAGAACUGUAACAAGAAAUGUAACUGUUCCAACAAUGGCUAUUGCCAUAGACUCUAUGGAGCCUGUCUGUGUGACCCAGGGUUAUAUGGUCGCUUCUGCCAUCUAACUUGUCCUAAGUGGGCCUUUGGAGCUGGCUGUUCAGACGAAUGUCAGUGUGUCAAGGAGAACACUCUGGCAUGCAAUGCCAGAAAUGGUACUUGCACCUGCAAACCAGGUUAUCAAGGGAACAAGUGCCAGAAAGAAUGUACGCCUGGCUUUUAUGGAGCUGGCUGUAAGCUGAAGUGCAACUGUCCUGCUGAUGCUUCAUGUGACCAGGAGACUGGAGACUGCAAGCGUCCGUGCCCACCAGGUUUCCAUGGAGAAAGGUGCCAUUUAUAUUGUCCUGAUGGUCUGUGGGGAGUAGACUGUCAGUUCUUCUGUGAGACCUGUGAAAAUGGAGGGAAGUGUAACAAAGAGACUGGAAUCUGUGACUGCCCUCUGGGGUACACUGGGAAAUCCUGCUACCUACCCUGCCCAAAUGGUUACUAUGGGCAAAACUGUCUGUCGCAGUGCAGCUGUAAUAGCAGUGCUCAGUGUCACCAUGUUACCGGAGAGUGCACAUGUCCUUCUGGCUGGAGUGGCCAUGACUGCAAACGUCCUUGUGAUGCUGGCCAUUGGGGAGAGCGCUGUGAAAGCUUGUGUGUCUGCAAUAACAGCGAUGGUAGCUGUGACCCAGUCACUGGGAUUUGUUUCUGUGAAGCAGGAUACUCUGGGAAACACUGUGAGCAUAGCUGCCCUAAGGGAACCUUUGGCCCAAAUUGUAAGUACAGCUGUCAGUGCCAGAAUGGAGCUGCCUGUGAUCAUGUGAGUGGAGCCUGUACUUGUGCGGCUGGCUGGACAGGAACUUUUUGUGAAAAAGCUUGUCCAGGUGGAUUUUUUGGACUUGACUGCCACCAGGUGUGUGAAUGCAAGAAUGCAGCUCACUGUGACCACAUCAUAGGAACGUGUCAGUGCCUCCCUGGAUGGAUGGGAGCCAAGUGUGACCAAUCCUGCCAAGGUGACAGUUAUGGGGAAGGCUGCAGUCAUGCUUGUAAUUGUCACAAUGGAGCGCGCUGUGAUCAUGUAACCGGGAUGUGUAUUUGCGCAGCAGGAUGGAGAGGAGCUACCUGCCAGCAAGCCUGUCCUUCUGGUUUAUAUGGCAUGAACUGUUUGCAGCACUGCAUCUGUCGCAAUCAGGCUGUGUGUGAUCAUGUAACUGGACAAUGCAUUUGUCCCAAAGGCUGGACUGGUAUAGCCUGUGAACUUGAGUGUGAGGAUGGGAAGUAUGGAGAGAGCUGUGAGGAGAACUGUAGCUGUGGCAAUGGUGGAAUUUGUGACCGACAUUCAGGGAAGUGCAACUGCCAUCCAGGAUGGAUCGGGGACCAGUGCAAUGUUGCCUGUCCCUCUGGAUUCUUUGGAAAGCAGUGUGAGGAACGGUGUGACUGUGAGCACAGCUCUUCCUGCCACCAUCAGAGUGGAGUGUGUCACUGUGAAAAAGGAUGGCGAGGAAAACGAUGCGACAAACCUUGCUUGCCUGGCUACUAUGGCAAUUACUGCACCAAGCGUUGCAACUGCCCUUCGGGUACCCCUUGUUACCAUGUGAAUGGAGAGUGUGGCUGUCCUCAAGGAUUCACUGGCUAUGGCUGUGAAAAAACUUGUCCACCAGGCACAUAUGGUAAGAACUGUAACCAACUAUGUCAGUGCUCUGAAGAGAAUGAGGAAUGUCACCCAGCGACAGGCAAAUGCACCUGCCGACCAGGUUAUUAUGGAAUCCACUGUGACCUGGAAUGUCCACAAGGUACCUAUGGUCCAUACUGCCAAAAGGCAUGUAAAUGUUUUAAUGGAGGCCAGUGUGAUACUGUGACAGGAACCUGUGAUUGUCUUCCUGGCUUUAUUGGUGCUGACUGUAGUAAAAUUUGUCCUGUAAGCCGCUAUGGGAAGGACUGCAUCCUGUUGUGCUCCUGUGGGAAAGGGCAAUGUGACCCAGUGACUGGCAUGUGCCACUGUCCACCUGGCCAAAUUGGACCCAGUUGUCAGCAAGUGUGUCCCCAGGGAAGCUACGGCCCCAGCUGCCAGCUAAUGUGUAUCUGUAAGAAUGGUGGUAUCUGUGACCCUGUGAAUGGAUCUUGUUCCUGUGGACUUGGGUGGACAGGAAGUUAUUGUGAGAAAGAGUGUGCCCUGGGUAGAUAUGGUUCUGACUGCCACUUAAAUUGCUCUUGUCACAAUAAUGGAUCUUGUGACAGGUUUACUGGUUGCUGCCUAUGUCCAGAAGGUUACUACGGUCACUCUUGUGAGCACACCUGCCCUGCUGGAUUUUAUGGUGUAAACUGCAUUCACUCUUGUGAUUGUAAAAAUGGAGCUACUUGCAAUCCGGUGACUGGACAGUGCAUUUGUCCUGCAGGUUAUGAAGGUGUCCAGUGUCAAAAAGGCUGUAAUGUCGGAAGAUUUGGAGACAAAUGUCAGCAUCAGUGUGACUGUGAAGGAGUAGCCUCAUGUGAACCUGUAACUGGAAGGUGCCUUUGUCCACCUGGCAGGACUGGAGACAAAUGCAACAUUGAAUGCAGGUCAGACCAGUACGGCCCCAGCUGCUCUCUGAGAUGCCAAUGUGCCAAAAGAUCCCAGUGUCAUCCUUACAAUGGAAGCUGCAUGUGUCCUGCCAAGUGGAUGGGGCCAACCUGUGAAGAAGGAGGCCCUCCAAAAUUUCCUUCAUAUGAAGAACAAACUCAGGAAAGAGGGAAUGCUUUUUCAAGAUCUCUACAACAGUAAUGCUUGGACUAAUAAAUGAAUUGUUUUAUAGGCACAGGCAGUAUUUAAACUUGAGUACAAGAACUGCUUGAAUUCAGUUUGAACUGUGCUGAAAUAUUCACACUUUUUCAUGGAAGACAACAGUGGCCAAUAAGUAGUUUGGAUCCCUUUUUAAAACUUCUAACCUGUUUCAUUUAUUUGUUCUUAACCUCCUACUUCUCAAUUUAUCCACUCUGGAUAGUCUUUCAGAUUGCUGUUGUCACGUAUUGUUUGAAUUACAUGUGGGGGGAAAUAUUUUUAGCGAACUGAUAUUUCAAGACUAUCAUGAUAAAAAAAGUAAUAUACACAUUAACAAUGAGCCACAUUAAAUACCAGUGGCUUUCUAAACCCAGCUGGCAAUGGGACUGGUGAUAAUACCUGUUUGAACUCGGAGGUCUCAAGCUUAGAUCUGGUUUAUGUAAAAGAGUCUAUCUACCAGAGGACAGAAUGGAAUCUGUGUGGGUUUUCUUCAUGCGCUAUCUAGUAGAUUUAGUUUUGCUGGUUUGUCAAAGUCAAACUAUUCAGUGGCUGUCAAAGACACAGCCCCUUUUCAUUUCAGAAGAAAGCUAUAUCUUUCGUGGAUGGUGUGGGAAGCAGGCAGAGAUAUCUGAUUAUUGGUGAUUUUAAGAAAAAAUAUAUCUCCUUUUAAAUAAGACAUUGUAAUGUGCUUGUACUACCCAGUUUGGUGAAGUAAGACUUUAAAUUCUGAGAAAUUUAAAAUGGUUCUGACUUUGUUCAAUGUUAUCUGUUGAUCACUUUGUAAAACAAAGUGAUCAUGGUUACUGAAAAUAUAGUUAAUACUAUUUUUGUCCAUUUUACAGGUUAUCCUUUAAAUAUAGGACUAAGUAACUGUAAAAAUACAAUGUUCUACAUCAGUGGUUCCCAAACUUGUUCUGCCGCUUGUA